AUGCUGGCUCCGACAGACUGGACCGACGCCGAGAUCCUCGCGGCCGCCGCGCAGGCCGCGCGCGAGGAGUUCUUUGGAGCCCAACGCGCUCGCGUCGGAGAUACAGGCGCGCAAGACGAGGCGCGCGGCGGAGGAGUCCCCUUUCUCCUCGUUCGCAAGCAGCUCGUUCGCCUCUUGGACGAGAUGGGUGUCGGACUGCAGUCGACGCGCGGUCUCCAGGUGUACAGACACCUGCUGCAGCACGUCGUGCAGGCGACGGUCGGCGAGUGUGGCCAUGACAUGAUUCUCUUUUCUGAGGAAAGUCGAGCGCUGUUCAUGCCGCCGGUCAACGGAGCCGGAGGGACAGCCGCGUCGCGACUCGCGAACGCGAACUCAUGGUCUCUCGCCAGUUCCCCUUCUGUUGUCUCCAGCGGUCCAGCUCCUGUCCUCGUCUCGGCUUCUCCCGGUCCUUCGGGCCUCUCUGACCGAAGUUUCAAUGAGACAACGCCCCGUGUUUCUGCUUCUUCUUCGUCUGCUCCUUCCUCUUCUUCCAGCUCGUCUCCUGUUUCGUUCUCGCCAUCAUCGGGUCCUGUUUCCUCUUCUUCGACGUUCCCUCCUUCGUCAUCGUCGGCCUGUCCCUCUUCUUCUUCGUCUUCUUCGUCUUCUUCGUUUUCUUCUUGUUCUUCUUGUUCUUCGUCUCCGCUGGCUUCUGCGACUGCUCGUGUCCAGGCCUUCGCUGCUCGACGGAAGGCGGGUGAAGACCAUCGUCUCCUUCUCGACGCGCUGCGAGAGUGGCGGCGCUGGGCUGCCCGGGAGGCGCGUCUCAGGUCGCUCUUUUGGACGCUGAGCUCCCGGCGCCGCCUGCGCGCGCUCAGACGCUCACUUCAUGCCUGGCGCGCGAAUUUCAUCGAAGCACUCAGCCGCCGCGAAGACUCGAACGAAGAGGCGGCAGACGGUCAGCGAACCGCGGCGGUCUGUCGCCGCAGUCUUCUCGCCUGGUCUGCCGGCGUGGAGACGCAGAGCGCAGAGGCCAGAGGUCAAGUCGCAAGAGCCGCCCCAGCGGAAGAAGGUUGCCAACGGUAUGAGGCGUUGCAGACCUCGUUCCGGUCGUGGCGGGAGGCGACAGUUGCACAGAGGGAGGCGGAAAGGCAGAGACGUCUCUUGAGUGCUUUCAAAGCGUGGAAAGAAUCGCAUCUGUCGCGGCGGGUGAGGAAGCAGGUCCUCGAACACAGGGCCUUUGCAGUCCAGAAAAGCCUCCAAGACAGGCACAUGCGUGGCGUCUGGAGGUACUGGCGAGCAGCCGCCGAGGCGCGCUCCCGCGCAGGCGCCGCAGCACGAGAGACGCUCGAGCGGACGCGGUUCCGACGAGUUUUCAACGCCCUCCUGGCGGAGACCCGCGACCGCCAGACGCGCCGCGGCGCCGCUGUCGCAGCCGCAGAGGCAACAGUUCGCGAGCGGCGCGUACGACGCGCGUUUCGCGCCUGGCGGAAGGUUAGCAUUCUCCGGAGGCCGCCCUUUGCCGCUGGACACUCGCAGUUCUCGUCCCCACAGAUCGUCUGUCUCCUGAAGGCAGUGAGUGCGCUGAGGCGCGAAGGAGCCAGCGAAGAGCCGGGACAUGCCCGAAGCCUCGGCGAAGCCUUGCUCGACGCCGCGACCGCGCGGCAGCGACGCGAACGCGCCCAGAGGCGAGGCGACAGAGAUGGCGAGGAGACAGAGCUUGGCAGAGACGCGCAAGUCGACUUGGAAGAUGCAGCUCUCCUCACCCUCAUUCCACUGCACGGCAUCGAUCUCCAUCUGCCGAAACUGAGCACCGCCGCGCCUCUCAUGGCGCAGGCACUCCGGCAACACUACCUGCGACACAGCUUCCUCCAGUGGCGCGCUGAGGCUUUACGUCAGAGACAGUUCCGGCAAGCGGCGCGGGUCUCUCGACUGGCGCGAGUGUUUCGCGCAUGGCGCGAGGAGACGCAGAAGGCGAAGGGUGAGGCGGCGGCGAGCUCGGCUGUCUACGCCGCUCAAAAGACUCGGAUUCUGCGAGAGGCCUGGCGAUCGUGGCGCAUGCGGUUUCGACGCUACGUCCUCUUCCGGACGCAGUGCCGGAGUCUGCAGGACCUGCGUCUCCUCCACCUGAAAUCUCUCGCCUUUCGCGGCUGGUGCACAUUCCACCGCGAGAGACAGCGCGAGGCCCAGAGUGUCUCCGCAGUCAAGGAUCGUGCAGCCGCGGCUCUCCAACGCGCCGCCUGGAGCCGGUGGCAAGAGGCCUGGCACCUCCGGCGCCGACGUCGGGCGAUGGCGGAGGCGGCCGCGCUUCUUCGCGAGAAGACGCUCCUCGCCAAAGGCCUCAGAGGUCUGAAGAGGCAGCGAGCCUCAGCUGCAAGUCUCCGUGACGCCGCAGCGGCCCUGAGGCAGGAGAGACUCGGCCUCGCGCUAGCCGUCUGGUGGCGAUGGGCCGCGAGGCGCGGAGCCUUCCAGGAGCUCUGCGAGCUUCAGAGGGCGAAGCGCGCGCGCCGGAACCUUAGGCGCCUGCUCCUUGCCUGGAGGAGCCUCGCCAAGCGCAUGGAGACCCGCAGAGACGCCGUGUGGCGCCUCGCCGCCGUCGUCGAUCGGAUCCGAGUCCGUCGCGGAUUCUGUGGCUGGAACGCCCUCCGAAUGCAGGAACGAAAGAGAGAAGAAGCCGCGAGUCGUCUGCAGCGGACCCUCAGGGACGCACGAAUCAGAGCGGCCUGGGCCGCCUGGCGCAGCGCCCAGAGCCUCGCGUGCAAAGAAGCAGAACUGAGGAAAGAGAGCGAGGACUCACUCAAGCGAAGAGUCUUCAAGCAGUGGCAGGCAGCAGCAGCAGAGCACGCUACGCUGCAGCUCCACCUUCGCGGACAGCUGCUCUGUUGGCGACUGUCUCGGCUGCUGCAUCGUUGGAGGCGCCUUGCAACUCUCUUUCGCCUCGGCCUCCUGCAGAAGUCUCGCUCGCGACUGUACGUCCUGCGUCGGUGCCAAGAGGCGUGGCUUGCGCGGCUUGCGGAGCGAAGCGAAGAGCGGCGGAAGGAAGCGCGCGCCGAGUCCCUCUGCCUCACCCUCCGGCUCCGCGCCGCGCAGAGGUGUCUCCUCGCCUGGCAAGAAACCGCGGUCGCGGUCGCGGCGCGGCGCCGGAAAGGAGACACCUUUCGGGCGCAGCUGCACCGCGCGCGCCUGGACGCGGCGUGGACGACUUGGCGGCGGGGCGUCGAGGAGCUCCACAGGCGGAGGCGUCUGCUGUUGGGCGUCGAGAAGAUCCGCGAAAAGAUUCUCGUCGCGCAGUCCCUGACAAGAUGGAAGUGCGCGGCGGCGCUGCUCCGAAAGGAGGCUCUCGCGACCCAGGCACGGCGGCAGGCCCUCCUGCGUCGCGCCUUGCAGGCGUGGACGCUCUGGAGGCGCCGCCGCACAGAGAAGAAGGACGAGGCGGAACGCGUCCGAGCCUGUCUCAACGAGGAAGGAAGUGCGAAGCGCGCAGGCGAGCGACAGCGGAAAAAGGAGACGCUUGCGGCCUGGCAUGCAUUGACGGAGAAACGGUUCGAGGAGCGCAGGGCCUUUUCGCGCGUCGAAGCCAUCGGAGAUCGAUUGUCUCUGCGCCGUGGCUUCGUAACUUGGCGCCUCUGGGCGCUGAGGCUCGCGGGUCUCUCGCAGGCCACGGUGCGCCUAGACGUCUGGAGACGCAGAUGUCUCCUGCGGAUCUCCUAUGAGGCCCUCAGCCAGCACCGGGACCGCGUCAAGGAAAUGGAGCUUGCGAGUCUCGCGCACCUCUCGCAGCUUCGGGCUCAGACACUCCGGCGGUCGUUUUGCUCCUGGCGGACCCAGUUUGCCGCCUUGAGACGCGAGGCGGAGGUCUUGGCGCGGCGCCGCAGCGCUGCCGCGAGGGCCGAAGCGCAUGCAGCGCUUGCCUGCAAACGAAGGUCGUUUCUCGCCUGGCUCAAGGCCCUCGCCGCGAAGCUCGCGCUGAAGAAGCGCCUUUUCGUGCUGCUCAAAGAACGCAGAGAGGCGCUCGAAGCCAGGACUCUCCGUGCUUGGCGCAGACUUGCGAAGAAGAAAGGCGACCUCAGAGAAAGUCUAGAGAUGUUCUCGGAUUCUCGCCGUUCUCAGUGUCUCCGUCGAGUUUUCGCGGCUGUCUUCGCCACGGUGUCUCGCCGGCGUCUGGUCCGCGUCCGCUUCCUCUUCGCCCUGGGUCUCUUGGCUCCUUCUCCGGACUUCUCUGUCUCUUCUGCCGAGUCCUCGCAUCCCCACAGCCGCUCGCUCCUCCUGCCGCUCUCGCCUCUCGGACCGGCCGAAGAGGCCUCCCUGCGUCUCUUGUGGGGUCCCGCGCUGCCUGCGCCGCUCCUCGCCCCGAGGCUGAUCCCUCGUCUCCCCGGCCCAUCGCGCGCCUUCGAGAGCGCGAAGGAAUGUCCAAGCGUCCUCGCUUCACUCCCCCUUGUCCCGCGCCUGAUCGUCUGGUCUGCGCAGCCUCACAUGCUUCAUCUGCUUCUUCUCCAGCCUGCGAUCGCAGAAAGUCUCGCGAGGCAGGCGGGCCAACAGCCUCAAAGAUCUGCCGCCUUCUUUGAGCCCCUGCCGGUCUCGCGAGCACGGCUCGCGCUCUUCUCCGAUGCCGACGCAGAGGCGCGAACUCGCGUGUGGGGUUUGCCGGCUGCGUCUCUUGGGGGCGAGGAGACACCGGGUGGAGACAAAGGAAACGGGGCCCUGCCGCUCGCUGCGCUCGCGUCGGCGAGGUCGCGCCCGCCGUCCGUCUGGAGCUGCCUCACGCCCUCCACAUGCACGCCCCACACGAGCCUUUCUGUGCCGCUCUCGGGAUUCGAGGCCCCGCCGCCGAGGCCUGGGAGGACCUUCUUCCGGACAGAGACAGGAGACACUCUGGGCUCUGCACGCUCGCAGUUCCGCGGCCGGAGUGCCUCGCCGCUGCACUCGGACGGCCCCAGUGGCCGCGAGGCGGGAAGCAGGCGACACCGGAGCGCGACGAAGGAACGCGACCGCGAAGACCGGGAGGAAAUCGACGAGUUGCUGCUUGCCGACAAGAAAAGCAGCAAAAGCCUUGAGCGGCUCCUGCGUUGCUUCUCCGCGAAACAAGGGCCGGAAGGCCCGCUGAAAGAAAACGCAGAGCUGUGGGGCGAACAGGCUGUUCUCGCUGACAGCGUCCGACGCAUGCGCCCUCAGAAUGAUCUCCAAGCGCUUCUACUGGCGCAAGUGAACUUGUCUCGGAGACCCAGCGUGCAGCGUCCGGCUCCCCUCUUUCUCCCCUCGGCCAUGGGGCCUGACGCCGCUGUUUCCGACGCUCUGGACGCUUCCCAGGACUCUGUCGAGAGCGAUGGCAGCGCCGGUGGGCUGUCCGUGCACUCCGAGGAGACGCCGCUUCCGAGCAAGAACUGGCGAGAAGAAAUCCCAGUCGAUCUCCUAGCGACCGCCUGGCAGUUCGCACGGCUCCUCCAGGCUGCGCUGCGAGCCUGGCUCCUGCAGGCGCAGCGCCACAAGGCCCAGAGACUCCGCGAGACCGGCUUGGUCGCAGGCUUUCGAAUCCAGAGCCGCAGUCGGCUGCUGGCGGCCUGCUGGGGGCUCUGGCGCAGCACGAAGAGCAGCCUCGAAGCCAGGACGCGGACGAAGGCGCAGCGUCUCGCCUGGGGCAUCCAGCGUCGCGUCCUGCAGGCCUGGUUCCUCUGCGCGACGGUGGACGCGAGUGCCGUUCUCCGUGCAGAGGCUUUUGCGGAGACGAGACGCAGCGCGAAGACGCACGCGAUGCUCGAGGCGUGGCGGGGUGUGGCGACAAAGAGGCGGCAAGAGCGCGAGCAAGUCGAGGCCUGGAGACAGCACCGCGCCCGAGAGAGAAAACAGGAACUCUUCGCCCUCUGGACCCACCUUGCGUCUGUCAACCGCGCCGGAGCUCAGCUGUACGUACACCGGAGGGCGGCGACGCUCAACAAGGUCUUCGCGACGUGGCGAACGUCAACUCUGAGGAGCCUGGCGUUGGACAAACUUCAGCGAAUCGUCUCCCGGCCGGGCCUCUUCCUCGGAUUCUCCCUGCUCCGGAUCUGGAGCCUCACCCGCGCAUGCAGUCUCCGUCUCGCUGCCCAGUGUCUAGACAGCUGGCGACAACACACAGAGAGUCGCAAGCGGCUCGCCGGUCUCCUCGUAUACGUCCAGACCGUGCACAAGGUCUCCCGUCUUCAGCAGCAUUUUUCGGCGUGGUUGUUGGUCCAGCAGCGACGGCGGCGUCUGUUGCUUCUUCACAGAACGGCAGAGGCUGCUGCGUUUCUCUUGCCGUUGCACCGCAUCUUCUCGCGGUGGCGCGCCUCUGCGUUGGACAGACAGGCGCAGAGAGACAGUCUCCUGGGCCGCUUCCUCGCGCAGAGACAGAGGCCGUUCCUUGCCCUCGAUCCCGAAGAGUCUGCAGAAGCGAAGGACGCAGGGCGACUCGGCACAACGCCUAGCUGCGCGUACUGGGCGCGCUGGCGAAUCGAAGAGACGUGGAAAGUCUGGCGCCGAAGAUUCAGGCUCAGAACUCUUCUCAGGCGACGCGCCACCCGCUGCGCCCGCACGGCUCUCUCAGCGCUCCGACAGGCCGUCGAGCGGCGUCGAGCCCUCGAAGCGUUUGAGCGCAAGCGCCGACAGCGUCUCCUGCAGCGCGCGACUGUGGCGUGGCAGGUGUAUGUACAGCGGCGCCUGUUGAAGCAGCAGCGGACUGCGCACGCGAUCGAGCGAUACAACACCCACACUCUGCGGCAAGCCUUCAGCAAGUGCCGGUGGCUCCUCCAACGCCUCCAGUGGGAGCGCGGCGUCAUCGAAGUUUCGCAAGCGAAGGCGAAUCGUCGCGUCUGUCGGAUGACGCUGCAGGCGCUGCAGGCGUACGCAGAGGCUCGCGUGGCGGAGCGGGAGCGCCUCGACGGCUGUCGGGCCGCGCGCAGUUCGCACCUUCUCCGCAUGCACUUUGAAAAAUGGAGCUUCUUGCUGCGAGCCACUCACCACGCGGCCUCGCUCUCCCGCAAGACGAGUUUCCUUCUCUGGACGCGGGCCUUCCGGAGAAGCCGAGGCGCGGCGCUCCUCGUCGCUGUGCAGAGGCGCGUGGAGGAGCGACAGACGCGGCGUGGCCUCGCGGCGCUGCAAGCCGAAAGCGAAGCCUUUGAGCAAAUCAAGGCCUUUGGCGCAGAGACGCCUUGGCUGAGGGACGCGAUCGAGGAGAAAGUCAGCUCUGCCCGCGCGUCCAUGACCUUCGCUCUCUCGUCGCUGCGGCUUUUUGCGGCGCACCGCGUCUCGCGCCGACGCCAGGCGCGGCUGCUUGCGGGAGCGCUGGCCUCCUGGGCGCGUCUCCAGGAAACCGACGGUCCGCGGCGCCGCCUCCGACCGUAUCUCCGCCAUUGGCGUGGAGCGCUCCAGUACCGGCUGCACCUCCAGGCGGCUGAAGAGGCCCUCCGGCGCCAUGUCGAGUUCCGACGUCUCCGCGAAGUGUGGGGUGCGUGGCGACACUUGCGGCGCGAAGAGGCCCGCGGCCGAGAGCUCCUCGCCCUCGCCGAGGAGACCAAGAAAGUCUGGGCUCUCGAAAAGGGCAUUCUCCUCCUUCACGAACACCGCCUUCAGCGCGAGUGGAUGACCUGGUGUACGUACCGGGCAGAGCUCUUCGUCACGGACACCAGACACGAGAAGGCCCGGCUGUGCGUCCGAGCCUGGCACAGUUGGGUCGCGAAGCGGCGGGAGCUGCGGCGACGCGGCUUGGAGGCGCAGGAGGCCUCGCGGCUUUUUGUGUUGUCGAACGCCUUCAGCGCGCUCCGGUGUGCGUACACUCGUCGUACGGCGCUGCGAGCGGCAGGCGCGUGUGUGGUGGAGAAGCAGAAGCGCAGCUCUUUGCGAACAGCGUGGCGAGGCUGGCGCAAAGUUCUCGUGGACCUCCUCGCCCUCAAGCCCCGCCUCGAGGCGCUUCUCGCUCGACAGGCAUUUCAACGCGUUUGUCUCGCCUGGUGGGGCUGGCGUAUGUGGCAUCAGCGGCGGAAAGAACGGCGCCAGCUCCUCGGUCCCCUCAGCGAGAAGGCUCGCGUUGUGCGAGACGUUCAGCUUGCAGCCCAGUGCUUCCGCGGCUGGGCGGAACUUGCGGAGACGCGCGCGACGUUCUGGCGGCAGCGCGAAGGCCUCGUGGAGAAGCUCGUGGCGCGGCGCCUCACGAAGGAGACCUUCCGGGCCUGGCGCCUCUGCGCGAGAGAAAUCCACUUCGUCCGAAGUACGAAAGCCGCGGCGGCAAACGCAGCAGCUCUGGCCGCAGCAGGGCAUGGCAUGCGCGAGAUGCAUUUGCCAGCGCAGGCACCCGCAGACAGGCGAGGCCGUCCUGGUCCCAGCCGAGAAACGACGAUGUCGCCUGCGUCUUCUCUGUUCUCUUCGGCCUCUGUGUCUCCGACAGCGUCUCGGAGGAACCGCAGACGCGGGGGGAGAAGUGGAAGGCCGCGCGGGCGCGAUCUGCUUUCUUCGUCCCUCUCGCUAUCGGAUUCUCAGCCCCUCGAGCGCCUUUCACAGGCCUCCGACCGAAGGGGAGGGGAGUCCCAGACGGACGGAGACAGCGGGGACAUGUCGGAGACAGUGAGGCGGCGGCCGGGAUGCCAGAGGCCCUCCGAGGCUGCUCCGGGGUCUCCUCCCGGCGGGCGUUCGAAGCGAGUGCAUGCAGCGGCCGGGCGGCGCAGACAGGGAGCGAGGGAGAUACUGGAAGAGAGAGAAAUCUCUCGGCUUGCCCGCUCGGCCGUCGCCUGGCUUCCGCGCGCGGCGGAAAGGUCGGACGAGGCCGAGGAGAGAGCGCUGAGGAGGCGGAGUGCCAGUGCGGUCUUUGGUUCUCGCGGUCGAGACGGAGAGAGCGGCUUGGGAGAAAUGAGGUCGACGACAGGCCCAGCGGGAGGCCAUCGCGCCUGGGAGUCCGAGGCAAGUGGCGAAGACACUGAGGGCGAAGAAGGUCCGCGAAAUCUUCAAGGACAGGAGGCGGAAGCGUCGACAUCUGGAAAGAAGGCGCGGGGGACUUGUGGCCUCGCUGUAUCGUUCUCUCUCGGCUCUCCUCUCUCGUCUGAUCGACCGUCUUCUCCUUUGUCUGUCGCUGCUCACGAGCCGCCUCCACCUCCAGGAAAGACGCGUCUCCAUCGUGUCUCUUCUUCUCUCUCCUCGCCUAGACCCCGCGGCGCGCAUGCAAAAGAGACACCUGCGGGACCCCCUUCGUCUCCCUCUUCUGCUUCUUCGGCAAGUCUUCGUCAGGGACCUAGACAGUUGCGUCUCCAGGAUCUUCUCUCGGACUCCUCUUCGUCUCUGGCUUCAGCUCAGCCUGCGCCUGUCUUCGCUCCUCAAGAAAACCGGGGAAAGUCAAAAAGCGACUCGGUCGAAUCCCCGUCUCCCCUCACGGUCGCGACGUCGCUUCUCGAGGCCUUGUCUCACUCGCACUCCUCCGCGCUCGCAGAGGCGGCGCGCUCGCUGCUGCUUCAGUCGGGCGCGAGGAAUCCCGACACGAAGCCUGCUGCUUCUUCGCGGGAUCUUUCCGAGAGCGAUCGCUCUAAGAGCUUCAGCAGCGCCGAUUCCGAGAUGGACCGAACCGCGACAGAAGACAGCGAAGACGACCGCGGGCCCCAGGGUGGUCGGCGAGGAGUCCGGAGACGCCGCAGUUCGCCCGUGAGAAGAGGCGAUCGAUCCAGAAGAGUCAGAAGAGAAGAGGAAGAGGAAACACGGCGGCGCUCGACCCGUCGACGAAGAGCCGCAGAGAGCGAACAACUCGGGGAAGAAGAAGACGUCGAAGAAGUCGAAGAAGAGGAAGUCGAAGAAGAGGAAGUCGAAGAGGAGGAAGGAGUUUCGGGGGUCGAGGUAUCCCUCGUGGAGAAGAGAGCUGAGGAGCGAAUUCGCGUUUUUCCGCGGGCGAUUCGAGAAGCGCCUCCGUCAGCCUUCGCUCUCCCUUCCUCGCUUUCUUCUCUCUUCUUGACUUCUCUGCAGGGUGCGCAAGGAUCUCGCUCUGCAGAGACGCAGGCGCGAGAGGAGCCUCGAGUUGGGCGAGUCCUGGCGCUUGCACAUAGUCUCGCUGGAUCCGCCAGCAGAUUCGAACGAGGAGGAGACGAAGACAGAGUAGAAGACGAAGGGCAAUCUGUGGAGUCCGCUCGUUUAUCAACGGCAAGUUUGGACGCCGGGGAACGCGACAGGGUACCACGGAAGGGCGGCAAGAGAGAUCAUCCGUUUUUCUUCUCGCUGAUGUCCUCGACGCCCUCUCUUCGCGACCAGGCGUCCGGAGGGCAGUCCUCUUGUUCUUCGUCUCCCGCGUCGCCGUCUUCGGAGUCCUCGGUUUGCGUCGGCGGGCCAAGGCGGCGAGCGGUCGGAGCGGCGAAGGAGCCUCUGGGGACUCGGGAUGAAGCGAAAGAACUUCGCGCGAACUGCGACCUCGCUGAAGAGCCUGCGAGCCUGGCAGGCGGCGCUGCAGCGCACCGACCGGAUCCACAGGGCGCAGCGCUGACGGAGAAACUCCGUCGCAUCGUCGCACUGGCAGUAGCGAACCGCCUGCAAAGCCCAGCCGCAGCGAGUGAAGAGGACACAGAGGAAAACGAAGGCGUGGAGAAGGAAGGUGCCGACGAAGAGGAGGACGUUGUGCACAGCGAGACGGGCGGAGAAGCGGAGAACAGAGCAGAGAGAGGUCGUCUUUCUCUCAUCUCUUCAACCUUGUCCACGACGUUGCUUCUUUCAGAGCUAGCGGCUCCUCAAGAAGACGAAGGUGUGCCGCUGGGGUCGAGGUCUGCAGCGUCUGCGUCGCACGAAGAGACAGGCGAGUCGCGGGAGGAACAGGAAACGACUGGCUGCGAAAGGGACAGUCCUGGCGUAGCUCACCGCUUGCUUCUUCAUCCAGCGACGUUCUCCCUGGCGCGAGGCUCCCUGCCUCCCAUCUCCGAGGGUGCGACCGGGUCGCGUUCGUCGCCAUCGCCGGAUCGUCUAGCUGCCUCCACGCAGUCGGAAGCAGCCGCGGAGCCGACGGAGACUGGCGACAGCGAGGCGGAGCUCCGCAAGCUUCUAGCGAGGCUGGAGCGAGUCGAAGAACUGCACAGAGCGAGAGACUUCAUCGGCGCGGAGGCGGACGACAGCGGGGCGCUUCCGGUCGCGAAUAUGCAGUCUUCCGUGGACCUGCGAAGCGCAUGCGAGGCACCGCAAGACACAGAACGACAAAGACGCCGGCCCGAGCGCAUGCAGUCUCCGUCGCCGCCCGCGUCGCCCUCCGUCGCUCCAGCGCGGAGACUCGAGAGCGAGGCUGGAGCCAACCGCGGCGUUCCGGAACUGUCUGUUUCUCCUGUUGCCGGGGCGCAGGAGUUUGUCUUCGAGGGCAAUCCGGACGCAGCAGAAACGGGCAACGAAGUCGCGGAAGUCCAGAGACAAGAACGGAGACGAGCGGCAGAAGCAGAGGCAGCAGUUGCACAGAACGCAGAGGACGAGAGGACAGAGAGGGAGCCCAGAGAUGAGGAGGCCGCGAGCGGCGGCCAGAGGGAGGAAGAGGAAUGGCUUCAGGACAUUGUCGCUGUGUCUCGGCGGAAAGCCGCGGAGGCGCGGGCGCGGGAUCAGCGAGACGAAAGUGAGAGAGACGCGAGAAAGGACACAGAGUCGAUUGCCGGCAGUGAAGAGCUGCUGGAAGAAGCGUGGAAAGAAGCGCGUGCAGAAACUCGGAACGCGCUUCUGGAGAUUCACCGAGAAAUGAAAGGAGUCGCUCUCUACGACGGCGACGCGAGGGAUGCAUCACGGACUUGA